AUGCUGUCCUGUGCUCGAAGCCGCGUCGCGGCCUUCUCCACGGCGUGGACUCCCCGCUUCGUCGCCCGGGCCAGCUACUCGACAACCAUGCCUCGCCUGACGGAGAACCGUAUGCAAGCCAACGACCCGACCCCGCGAACCCCCGAGCCCAAUGUCUCUGCCACCAAUGCUACCCCUACCGACUCACAGGGUGUAUGGGAUGCCCCCAUGCGCGAGGAGCCCGAGGCCGGCGAGCGUAACCGCCAGCUUCAGGCCCCAACCCCUCAACCCAUGGCCGCCAUCGAACUUAUCCACAAGCAGCCCGUGCGCUGGACCAACAAGAGAAUCGUCAGCUGUGACGGAGGCGGCGGCCCAUUGGGUCACCCCCGUAUCUUCAUCAACACUGACAAGCCCGAGAUUGCUACCUGCGGCUACUGCGGUCUUCCUUUCGCCCACGAGCAGCACCGUGCAUACCUCAAGUCUCUCCCCGCUACCAGCUACCCCCUCGAACCCACCGGUGAUGCCGCUGAGGCGAACGAGACGCAACGUGUUACCGAAGGUGCAUUCGAGCAGCGGUAGAAGAAUGGUUAUUUUCAUUGUUGGCGUUGAUGAAUUGUUUCGAUAUUCUUUAGCCCUGCCGGGCUCAUGUACAGAUUUGUACCAGAUCAAUGAACUGUUAGAUUCACUUCUUCUAGAUCACUUCUUUUUCCCGUUUGGGUUAUGGGCAUAAGGCUGGGUCAUACUGCUUGAUUGAUCUGCAGCUAUGAUAUAUAC